ACAAAAAGAUAAAAGGUAAGGGUAGAACAACGACGAUUUUCGGUUUGAACAGUCUUAUCAUUCAGAAUUGGUGUGAACCGUGUGAGGUCUUUGUAUACUUGUUGUCAUCGUCACAAAUAUGUCCGAUUCAGACGACGAAUACAAGAAGUUCUAUCAUUAUACUGAUACUGACGCGGCUAAAAAGAUAAAGAGUUCUGGGAAAAUUAAACAGUCAACGGGGCAGACAACAAGGGACGAUGUGACUUAUGGUCCUGGAACAUACGUAACUGACAAGCCACCAACAGAUGGCCGCCAUUCAAUUGCAAAAAAUAACUACGACGGCGGCCCAAAGUAUCCAAAGAUAAAAAUCGAUGAGGGAAAACUUGAUGCCGUUAUCGAACUUACCAUGAAAAAGGAUAAACUUCACGACCACAGUGAUGGUGGAAGACGCGUACAAAGAUACCCCGGUGACCUGGAUCUGAAAGGACCAGACGUAAAACGUUAUAAAAUUUACAAGAAUAAAUCAGAAAAAUAAUACUACGAUAAAGGCUUUGAUGAACUCGAUAUAAACAGGUGUCUGAUGAUACUGUUUAAGAGAAUAUAUAUUUCAUGCAAGACAAAAUAACAAAAGCAAUACAAAAUAUUGCAUAAUAGUAUACAAAUCUCAUACUGUCGAGUGUUUACUAUAACAUUAACAUUCGUUGAAUACUUUAGCUAAAUAUAUCUAAUAGUCUAGUCCAGAUUUCAAUAAAUUUGAGAGGUACA